UUUGUACUGGGCAUGCAAUAAUAGUAUUCCACAUAUCCACUAAGCGCAGCGGCUACUCUAACAAGAAGGAAAAAGAUAUAUGGAAGGAAUAUAAUAAAGAUCAUCAGAAAGAGAAAGAGGCAGAGGCAGAGGCAGAGACAGACCCAGAAAUUCCUUCAAUCCAUCAUCAUCAUCAUCAUCAUCAUCCCCCCGCCUUUACUUUGAACAAAACACAAAACACUAGUCUAAUAAUGGAAGGGGAAAGAGGGACGACGUUGCCGCCCAUAUACGAUCAUCCUCCUCUCCAAAUCUGCUCCUUCUCUGCUCCUCAUCAUCAUCAAGAAAUGGGGUUUGUACAGUUUGAAGAUGAUCAUCAUCAUAAUCAGGUUUUGAGCUUUCUGGUGACGCCACCACCACUCUCCCACCACCCCUCUUCUCACAAUAUGUCCCUCACCGCUAAGCCCACCACCGCCACUAGUAAUGCUUCCUUAGGGUUCAAUCAUAAUGAUCAGUUUGUAAACAGUCGACCCUCAUGGAAUAACGACCACCACCAGGUGGGAGGUGGAGGUGGAGGAGUGGAUCCGAAAGGUGUGAAUGAUGAAAAUUGCAGUGGUAACACGAACGAGGGUGGCAAUUCUUGGUGGAGGAAUUCAUCAUCAUCAGAGAAGAGCAAUAAGGUGAAGAUAAGGAGAAAGCUGAGGGAGCCAAGAUUUUGCUUUCAGACAAGGAGUGAUGUGGAUGUUCUUGAUGAUGGCUACAAAUGGAGGAAGUACGGUCAGAAGGUUGUCAAGAACAGCCUUCAUCCUAGAAGUUACUACAGAUGCACACAUAGCAAUUGUCGAGUCAAGAAACGGGUGGAGCGCCUGUCGGAAGAUUGUCGAAUGGUGAUAACAACGUAUGAAGGUAGACACAACCACUCUCCCUGUGACGACUCAAACUCCUCAGACCAUGACUGUUUCACCUCUUUCUAAGUAGUCCAGUAUAGAAAAACAUGUUUCGCAAAUAUCGGUAUAUAUAUACAUAUAUAUGUAUAUGAGUGAACUUGAGCAGUUCUUUAUGGCUAGCCACCUUAUGUUAAUCUUCUAAUCAUUUAGUUCUUUUGCCUGACA